GACCAGGAAGUAAAAGAGCAGCAGCGGCUCCUGAGCGACGUCCGUCCUCCUUCGCUGGUCCGUUUGGUUUAGUUGAGGGGAACCUUUGGCAGCUAACCCAGGACGACACGUCAAUUAGGCCAGGAAGCCUCCCCCCUUUUUCCUUUUCUUUUUUCUUUAAGAAAAAGAAAGAACGAACUGAAGAUGGCGUCCAGUUCGGAGCGGAGUCCUCCUCCUUUUCCCGACACCGAGGACCAAGAUGUGCUGGAUUCUGAAGAAGUUGGUGGUCGAGACAGUGACGAAGACGACGGAGAGGAGCUGUUUAUGAGCGCGAGCAAUACUCCUUUGACCAAACAGGACACCCCAACUUCCCCCGACAGUCAGGCCAGCGACCUCAUGGAGGAUCUCUCAGUCGGGCCUCCAAGCAGCCAAACGGAGAAGAGUGCAGCCAGCUCAUCCCCCGAAGAAUUUGUGGACCUGACCAACAACCUAGAUGCAGAAAGUAGAGACGCAGCAGAAAUCUCUUCCCCUGAGCCGUCGGAUGAGUUUUUUGACAUACUGGGAAGUGAAACGCAAAAGGUGGAAGUCGAGGCUUCUGUCAAAGCCGAUUCAGGUGAGGCGUCCAGUGGCGGUCCGGAUCUACCAGGUGAAAAAACGGGUUCCUCCUCCGCUGCUCCGAUUAUCAACCUCGACAACGAUGUACAGCCGCCACGCGUCGGGGGAAAAGUAAUCGACCCUUUAGCUCAGAUUCUCGGUGACACUCCAGCCGCAGAUCCCAAAAAACCCAGCAGUGCUGUAGUUGACCUGUUUGAAGACGACGGCAGCGACAUUUUCACAGGAGCACCACAGAGCAAAGCCAGCAGUCGGCCUGAAAAAGGACUCUUCGGGGAACCUGACGAGGACCUGUUCGGCGAGCCGCUGGGAGCCAUGUCCAAGAAGACCACAGAGAAUGAAGGGAAGUCCAGCACAGCCAAAGCUGCUGGGCCAGCAUUCUCCAAACCCACCGAACCUGCAGAUAUCUUCACAGAGGAAGCUGCCACCACGGUGCCAAGAACCAGCAACACUGUCAACUCCAAGGCCAAUGGAGUGCACUCUGAGGAGGACUUAUUUACUGAGGCCACAGUGGAGCUUUCUCUAGACAGUCCACGGAGCAGCAGGAAGAACGAAGAAACAUCCAAGCCAUCUGCUUCCUCCUCUUCCUCCUCUCUUUCAGCCCCCGCCAGACAGGCCAAGCCGCCGCCUGCUGCCCUGGAGGAGUUGGAAGAUGAGGAAGAGGCAGAGCUGGAGGACAAGUUUGACGUUUUGGUUUCUGUCAAAGAUCCUGAGAAAGUUGGGGACGGCAUGAACGCUUACAUGGCCUACAAAGUAUCCACAGAGACCACACUGCCAAUGUUCCGCAACAAGCUGUUCACAGUCCGGCGACGCUUCAGCGACUUCCUAGGCCUCUACCAGAAACUCUCCGAAAAACAUGGACCAAAUGGAUUGAUCGUCCCUCCACCCCCAGAGAAGAGCAUUCUGGGAAUGACCAAGGUGAAGGUGGGAAAAGAAGAUUCCUCUUCGGCAGACUUUCUCGAGCGAAGACGAGGUGCUUUGGAAAGGUAUCUUCAGAGGGUGGUGAAUCACCCCCUGCUCCUCCAGGAUCCCGAUGUCCGUGAAUUCCUGGAGAAGGAUGAAUUGCCCCGAGCGGUCAGCACACAGACUCUAAGCGGCGCCGGCUUCCUCAAAAUGAUCAACAAAGCGACGGAUGCCGUCAGUAAAAUGACCAUCAAGAUGAACGAGUCGGACGCGUGGUUUGAGGAGAAGCUCCAGGAGGUGGAGUCUGCAGACCAGCACUUCAGGAAGCUUCAUGCUCUGGUUGAAUCACUAGUAGUUCAUAGAAAAGAGUUGUCGUUGAACACAGCAAACUUUGCCAAAAGUGCAGCCAUGCUGGGCAGCGCCGAGGACAACACCGCCUUGUCCCGAGCUCUGUCCCAGCUGGCCGAGGUGGAGGACAAGAUCGAGCAGUUGCACCAGGACCAGGCUGCGUACGACACCUUCAGUUUCGCAGAGCUGAUCGCAGAUUACAUCCGCCUGCUGGGAGCCGUCAGGGGGUCGUUUGAUCACCGGAUAAAGGCGUGGCAGCGCUGGCAGGACGCCCAGGCCAUGCUGCAGAAGAAGAGGGAGAUGGAGGCCAAACUGCUGUGGGCCAACAAACCAGACAAACUGCAACAGGCCAAAGAGGAGAUCGUGGAGUGGGAAGCCAGGGUGACUCAGUUCGAGCGAGACUUUGAGAGAGUUUCUGCAACUGUACGCAAGGAAGUCCUCCGCUUUGAGAAACAAAGGACCAAGAAUUUUAAAAGGCAGAUAACAAAGUACUUGGAGUUGUUGCUUCAGUCUCAGCAGCAGCUGAUAAAGUACUGGGAGGCUUUCUUACCUGAAGCAAAAGCCAUUGCGUAAAGCUGGACGACAAACAGGCUGCCUUCUUCUACACUUUACCUCUAUUGCCUUUAAACCAAGCGAAACGUGCUGAAAAGGGAGAUACAAUCAACCUCUUUUUUUUUUCUUUUUUUAAUCACAUUUAACCCCUUUCUAUUCUACUAGUAAUUCUAUAUUUUCACCUAACCAGUCAAGAAUAUUUUCAUAUGAAAGCAAGAGUUUGGAUCUGUAUAGUGGUGAGGAGAAAUAGAGGAAAAGCGUAGACUCUGUCUAUUGUCAGAAAAAGAAGGUCAAAAUGAUCAGGAGCUUCAGAGUUUACAGCAAAUGGGACUCAAAGGGAAGCAUUUAGAGGAUAAAGUGAACACGUCUGAGCCUUUCUGCCACACAUCCCUCCCUGUCAUCAUGAAGAACUAAUAGAUGUUGAGAGGCAUUAGUAGCGCUGUGAGCUGGAGUUAUGCAGCAGGUUAGAUUUUUUUUUUUCUGUGAGGUUUUGCACGCAAACUUUUCUUAAUGUGCCUUUUUUUAUGCCAAAAAAAAACGUGUUUUUUGCCUCCAAACAGCAUUCUGAGUGACAAUUAGUGCAACUUGUUCAGUCAAAAUCCAGCGAGGACGCCACCCGGUCAAGAUGCUUUUCAGUUCUCACCUAGAAGGUUUUUGUGUUUGGUUUUUUAGGCGGACUCCACACAGGCUGUGAUGUUUAAAUGUGCGUCAUUGUUUAGUGGUAAUCACCAGCUCUGAUGGGAGGGAGUCUGUUUGGAUUAGUCAACCAAAGCUAGUCUGAGCUGCUGGUUCUGUGGCGAAAGCUGCCUAAAGGGGCGGAGUCUGCGCCUGCGUCUUUUACUUCCAGAUGUCUAAACUCACUUUAUAGUAAAAAAAACAAAACAAAAAAAUCGUUACACUUAGAAGAGAAGGUCAGGCACUUAUUUCUUUCUUCUAUUUUUUUUUUUAAGUGAUUCCUUUCUUGCUUUUCCGUUAAAAAAUGAUCUUAAAAUAAAAUUCAAAUCAAUGAAACAUGAAUAUAAUCUCCUCACUGUUGAUUCACAGAGAAGCAGCAAAAGUGGCUUUACUUUGAAAAGCCGUAGCAGAAAAAGAAAAAAUAAUUUCACCUGGAAACACUUCUAUCACAGAUGCCCAGAUGGUAACGUUCUGCACAAACACUAGAAUAGACCUUUAGGAGCCAGUAGGAAUGAAAUUAUGGGAUGUGUGCUGAGGAUUUGACAGUAACUUCGACCCCAAUGCCAUACAGGAAGCUCGAAGUUUAGCCAGUGCGGCGACUUCCUGUUCUUCUCGGGAAGACUCUCACACAGCUUUAACUUUUUCCCUUUUUUUUGGUUUUUUUCCUUGAAGUUAAUUGCAGUUCAAAUGUUUGAACGUCAUAACUAUAGCAGCGGUUCUUAAGGUGCAGAACAACGUCUGUAUCAUACACUGUGUCAACGAUGACUUUUCCAGCCAAUCAAUCAAUCAAUAAAAAGCUGCACUGUUUACACCAAGA